GUAUUUUAGUCGGUAUACACGCGUUACCGCGUAAUUUGUUGAGAAUUCUACGAUCUGUUUUUUAGAGAGUUUACGAGGCUAAUUUGUCGUCUUCUCUCAUAAUUAUACCAUAGGGAUUGCUACGGUUAUACUACCAAUUUAAAAAGCCUUCAAAAUAAUGAGUUUUAACAGUGAAAACAACUUAUUUAAUUUAAACACGUAAUAGUAAAUAGUAGUGUCACGUGUGUUUCGCGGUCACGAGAAAACAAGUCAAUUGACGUAAAGAAACCGAGUGGGCUCUAAUUAAAAACAUUGCAAAAUAAUUUUCGAUGUGAGUGCCAGUGACCUUAUUACGUAAAUAAACGUGCCAACUGCACGACUGAUCGAUGGGACGUACACAAAAUUAUCGAUAUACAAGAUAAGUUGAUAAAGUUAAAUAGAUACGUGAUAGUUUAAUACGUGGGUAUCGUUGUUCGACAGUCAGUGGUGUUUCGAUUGUUGUCUUAGUUUUACGGAGGAAAGAUAAUAGCAAAAUGUGUUGCGGGUGUAUAUGCAGUCUCCUGUGCAAAGUUAUCAGUGCGAUAAUAACGCUACUCUUCGUUGUCGCUAUCAUAUUGUUGAUAUUGUGGGCAGUUGGAGUUGUAUUUGUAUCCGACAGUGAUAAGUCCCGUGAAGAAGUGACACGCUUGUUCGGCGGCGGUGCCUAUCGUCCUGUAUGAUACUUCAACUUCUCAGAAUAAUGUAGAUCGAUAACAACGUGCGGAAUCUACUAUUUUAUGGAGGGGUGCUUAUUUAUAUAAUUAUUUUAUGAUUAUCACUAGUAUUGCUAUUUUAUAAUGAAUAACAUCUGCAGGUAUUAUUUUUACUUUGCUUGUAUAUAUAAGUAAGAAAAGACUAUUUUAUAUUUAAAAACUAUUGUUAUUUCAAGAAGAUGGUUAUUGUAAUUGUAUACAAAUUAAGUAUUUCUCUUCUGUUAAAAUAAUAAUACGUAGAAAAAAUAUUAUUUAAGGUAUAUACAUUGUUGAAUUCCGAACCCACAAUCUCUAAAGAUCUUAUUGUAUAUUUACGAAAAUAUAUUCAUGAGAUGCUAUUGUAAGCAAGUAACCCACACAGGCUUUCGAUUGUUCGAAGAAUACGCUGAUGUUGAGUUCUAUUGCUGUUCUCUUCUUCGUCCAUUAACUUCUUCGGACACCUUCACAUUCCUCGUCUUUCAAUAUACUAUGAUAGUUUCUUUUAGAUUCUUCUACUUUGGAGAUUGGGUUCCUGGUAUGUCAUCUACCAUCAACCAAAUCAUAUAGUAAUAACACAAAGUUAUACGGAUGAAAUAUUUCAUUCUUCUAUGUAUACGUUAACAGCGCUGGACUAUUGUGAUUAGUUCGAUGUGCCCUAAGAGGCUUAACAGACGGCAUAUAUUAUAUACGCCGAUGACGCGAUUCAAUUGCGUGUAAAACACACAGUAAAUAUCGAGAACUGUCUACAAAAGUACGUAAUAAUAGCACGCACACCUAUCAAAAUUCUUUACCCUCCUUCAGGGGCCUUAUUCUCUAUCCCGCACGUUAUUUUAACAGUGCAUAACAAGCACGUAACACAACGCGUCAUGUUUAGGACUAUAGAAAUUCGACUUACAGAAUACCAUUCCACGCACAUUUCUCGAAGAUAACAUGACACGGCCGCGUUACGCGUUUACACUAUCAUAUAGAAUAAGGGCCCAGCAGGGUAAGACGCGCGUUGUCAGCGCGUCUAAAAUACGCCGUCUGUAUAAACCCUAAAGAGAAAAGAAACUUGUGAUUCUGUAAUAAAAAUUUAAAACAAAUGUCUUUGGUGUGUUGUUUUCUUUUUGUCUUUGUCAGUGUGACUUUGUCAUAACGUAGAAAUAAGUAGCUAAGAAGUGAAUUAUCCAUUUUCUGAUGUAAUUCCAUAAUCCUCUAGUUUAAUGGUGUGUGACCCAAUAAAAAGUUGGCAAGAAUCUACCCCACUGUAAUCAAUGCCGGCUUAGAGGCUUAAGCUGUAUUUCUUUCAAUGUGCCAACUUUUGAUAGUAUUUCCUAAUCGUAAGUUUACGAAACUCAAUUGGAGUGUAAUUAAAAUGUGUUGCGUGGUGGGCCUUGUUUGGCAACUAAUUACACUAAUAUUCAGCUUAGCCGUGGCAAUCCUGUUAGUUUACGGCGUAAUAUAUUUAAUUAGAACAAUGGCGUAAGAAGUUAAGCGCAGAGCCGGCAAUUAUAGCCAGUAUUGAUAACGAACACAGUUGGUUUGAAUUAAUGCAAAUAUAUGACAAAAUAUGCGACUGUGUCGAUCUGUUCAACAAUAUUUACCCGGGACAGGUGUUCAUAAUGUUCAAUUCGUGGUUGUUGUGCACAUUGUUGAUUAUAUGCCGGUCGCUAUCACCCACUGUAAAGUACUCUGAUAUUAUUUUAAGCGAUAUAUUCGUAUAUACUAACUUAAACAUACGUCCGUUGAUGUUGGCGAAAAUGAGUGAACUUUUUAUGGAACAAAGAAAGAGAACUCUUAAAAUACUCCUGAAUAUUAUAACAUACAACGAUUUAGAAUAUGUAGAAUAUACACAGCAGCUGGAGACCAUGUUAGACCUGGUAGAGACUAGGAAAUGGGAAAUAUCGGCCAACGUGUUCACAGUGGAUGUAUCAACCGUCCUCAACUUCGCGGGACGCAUAAUCUCUUACACAGUACUUAUGAUACAAUAUUUUUAUAUACAUGUGUUUGUAAAAUAAAUCGUAAUACAUGAAUGUUAUUAAUGCUACAAUGCAGUAUAUACUCAACUAUUAAAUAGGUAUAAAUAUUUCAUUUUUAUCUGUAUACACGAAAUAAUUGUUAAAGGUGAGAAAUAUUUCAAUAUACUUUAUUUUUGGAUUUUGAACGCAGCUACAUAUCAUCUGCAAUACGCAAUAUGUAUUUCCCGUUUAUAACAAAAUAUCCAACAAAAGUGAAAUCCAAAAAUUGUUUGAAACUGUAUUUUGCUGGGGGCUUCGCCCACGUGGAAUAGUUUUUCCGGGUUUAAAAAAGAGCUUAUGUCCCUCCCAGAUCUCAAAAUAUAUCCAUACUAAAUUUCAUUGAAAUCCGUUAGGUAGUUUUUGAGUUUAUAGCAUGAAAACAGAUAAACGCAGCAGGGGACUUUGUUUUAUAUGUAAAAAUUAAUAUGUAUAAUAAAAACUAAACAAUACGUUUAAAUGACGUUUGUGCAUAAAACAACAGUAAUCUCAGCAUACGACAAUUUCAUUCGCAUUUAAAUUUAUGUACAAGUGAGAGUGUUCCAGCAUAUUUCCUCUGGGAGUCAUGAAACUCGGGACAAAAAUAUGAAGUUCUCUCCCUAGUUGGGCACGGUGUACAUUGUCCAUACCAGAUUACAAUUGUGUUAUUGUUUGUGUUCCAGCUUUAAAUAUUUCAUCUUCUGAACAAGAUUUUUCAUACGUAAUCGUGGUAGGUAUACAAUAUACAGGGUGGAUUUAAACAAGCCAGUAAGGGCAGCUACCUUAACUGCCGUAGUUACAAAACAACUUUCUUAGGACACUGUCUAUUUUUAAAGAGAUUAAUAUCUGCGUUAAUAGAUUUCGAAAAUAUCUAAUCAGCAAAAAAAUCUUCAAUUUAUACAAAAACUUUUAUUGAUGUCAAUCCCUGUUGAUUAAAAUACUUUAUGACCAUUAGAGUUUUGAGUACUUUUUAGGUCAGAAAUUGAAAAAAACAGAGAAAAUUUACGCCUUCGGGAAGAAAAGGUGUGCAGUAUUUUUAUUAUUAAGUUGACUUUGUAUUACUGACUUGUUAUUUGCUAGUAAUUCCAUCAAUGUCAUGCACAGGAUAAUAAUGCAACUUAUGGUACGUUUAUUGUAAAUAAAAAAAUGUGUUUUUGCUUUUUGCAAAAAAAUAUGUCCGAAACAUAGUUUGUGAAUUUCAUGUUUCAUUUAUAAAUGUGAUUGUUGUUUGAAUAUCAGUAAAAGGGAUUGGGAAUUCAAUACGAACAUGACAAAAUGUGCUUUCAAUUAUAAAAUAACUUCGUAAUUGAAUAUCAUUUAUGCUAAUUGAAUAACAAGCGUUAUCGUGUUCCGGCAUUGCAUAUUAUUUAUCGAAUUAGAUUUAAUGAAAGGUUAUUCUAAUUUAAAUUACAAUUCAGUGUUUAUUUUCUUUUUGUGGUAUAAGCAUGAAGUUGACAUUUCGACGCCUUCCGCUUGUCACUCUGACAUAUUUAUCUAUAUAUAUAAAAAUCAAUUGCUGUUCGUUAGUCUCCCUAAAACUCGAGAACGGCUGAACCGAUUUGGCUAAUUUUGGUUUUGAAUUAAUUGUGGAAGU